GAUCUCGAGCCGCCAGCAUCCAGCGGCUCCCUGCAACCUGCUUAAUAUCCUCGGUCCACCUAGUACCCACAAAUUAAUCUAUACUUAUCUGGGGUCAAUUCUGUACAUGAAAUGUAUUUCCAAUAUCAGGGGGUAAUCGAUACUGACGCAAAAUAAUGCAAUCGGUGCAAUCGAUUUUGAUGAAUUUUUAUAUGAUAUAUAUGUGAAAAUAGGUUAUUAUCUAUUAUUCAUACCCCGAUUUUUUUUAUAUGUGGCAUUUAAAAUAACCUACGUAUCUUAGACCAUUAAAUAACUAAGUUUUCUAAUUCCUCUAUGCUACCUAUACAUUUAAACCUCAUUUUCUGGAUCAGCUAGUUAUCAGAGGAAUUAUAAUUCUACAUUUGAUUUAAUUUUUUUUAUAAAGGAAUCACAGCAUUUAAUGACAACAGUGUCAAAAAGACGUCAAAACAAAAUACAAUUUGUAACAAAUAAAAGUUGAUUUAACAAUAUUUACCGAGCAUGGCAAACGAGGCGGAGGAGACGAUACGCAAACUGGCUACUCAUAAAGGAGUAGUGGGAGUGAUAGUUGUGAAUGGGGAAGGAAUACCAAUAAAAACCACCCUCGACAAUCACGUAUCAGUGCAAUACGCUGGUCUCAUGAGCGCUUUGGUGGACAAAGCCAAAUCUGUUGUAAGAGACUUGGACCCUACCAACGAUUUAACCUUUUUACGUAUUAGAAGCAAGAAAAGCGAAGUAAUGGUCGCUCCAGACAAGGAUUUCAUAUUGAUCGUCGUCCAAAAUCCGGUUGAUUGACGAAGAUUUGUGGCUAUGUUGCCUUGACUAUAUUGUAGUUUUAAUUAUUACCCGACUUUCAAAAAGUAGGCUGUAUUUUAGGUUCGACUGUAUUGUAGUUUAUCUCUAAAACCACCCAGUCAAAGUAAUUUUCUUAAUAUGUUUGGUUUAGGUGUUUAUCUUGAAAAUAGGAUAAUGGCGCCGGAGUGGGGAGUUUUUACAUUUUAGAUGUAUUUGACUAUAACAAUAAGACUUUAUUUACUACAGGGUGUCCCGUAAUUAAUGGAUAAAAUGCAAAUGGUAGAUACACCACCUAAUUAUCUAAAACUAAUUUGAAUAGUUUUCCAAAAAUAACAAUUUAAUACAAAUGACUACAUUAGUAAUUUUAAGUAGGUAAUAUUGUAAGACAUUUUGAAGGAAAAUGUUAAAAACUUCACACUUUAAAUUUUGUUUUGUUGUAUUGAAAAUUCAGCACCUCCCAUACAUUUUUACCACCAAUUUUGUAAAUACAAAGACGAGACACA